AUGGCACAACCAUCACAACCAUCCUCAACAGCACCGACACCCGCACCAGCUGCCGUGGCCGCGCUCGACACGUACAAGGCCAAGGACCCAGCCAAGAUCGUCGUGCGCUUCAAGUCCAUCGGCUCGGCACCCAUCAUGAAGAACAACGUCUUCAAGGUCACGGCGGGAAACAAGUUCCAGGCGGUCAUUGUGUUCCUGCGGGGACAGUUGGGGAUCAAGGCGAGCGAUUCGUUGUUUACAUACAUCAACGGCGCCUUUGCCCCUACACCAGACGACACGGUCGGGAGCCUGUUUGAGUGUUUCGGGACGGACAACCACUUGAUUGUCAACUACAGCAACACGCAGGCCUGGGGAUAG